AUCGCUCUCUGGACCCCUAGUAGGGGGAGGGGGGGGCUGAAAAUGGCCUCCUUCAGCAUCCCGCCAGCUGCGCUCUGGCCAGCACCCGGCCGCCAUGGCUAUAAAUAUCUACUUCUUAGCCAUCCUUCGUCCAACACUCCUCAUUUCGACUCAACCACCAUUCCAGAGCUCUCCCUCCGAUCAUCCCUCGUGCUACCUUCUAUUCAGUCGUGCACUAGAACGUCUCGAGCUCCGUGGCAGUUCCUUCGCACGACCGGCGAAAUAUUCUGGCCAUGCAUCGUCGGAGGAGGCCCAUAGUCAGCAACCACGGAAUCACAAGCGAAUCCUCUUGCACCUCUCCCAUCGAUACCGACAAUGAUAGACCGUUCGAGCCCGACUCUGAGACGGAUCUCACCGAGCCAGAGUGUUCUCCUCCAGCAGCUCGGAAGAUCACUCGGAAGAAGUCAAGUCCAAGCACUGGAAUACAAUCGUCACAGGCAGACUCGCCGAAUGUGGAAAGUGUCCACCGGGCCCGAUAUCAAGUCCCAGACGAUGACACGGAUGAGGACCUGGCCCAGGUGCCGGAGGAUUACGGCCGAUCUAACAACACGAAGAAGCUGAAACUUCGACUGAAAGAGCGUUGGGCUUGGUUCUGCCAAGUCAAAGCGAUGGAGCCGUCCGCCGAUUUAAAGUGGGGGGAUGCGGAAGAUGCACUGCGUGAAGCGUCUCCAAAUGAGGUGCAUCGAUUUCUGAACUGGUGUUUAAAGCUGGAGUACAGUCCCGAUGGUCGCCGUCAGAAAGGCUAUACAAAGGCCAGCGCCCUUGAUGCAGAUUGGAAGUACUUUCGAAUAUACUACAUACGGGUUACUAAACAUGAGAUGAGCAAAGAGAUGGGUGAGGCUGUUCGUACGGUUUGUUUCUCGAUCCCCCUAUCGUCUCCCAAGGAUUGCUCUGACGAAAAUGGACAGGGCAUGAGAUACUUGGUCGAUAAACGUGGCCUUGACAAACAACCGCGGGCAAAUGUCCCAGUGUACAUUGAAGAUAUGGUCCCAUUCAACGAGACAAUCCUUUCAACUCGGGAAAAGCGAUUCCACUUGGGGUUUCAGCGGAUUAUUCUGUGUUUGUACAACACUAUUGGACUAUUUACCAUCAACCGGAAACACGCAAUUCUUGAUCUUCAGUUCAAGCAUCUACAAUUAUCGCUCCAGCAGGAUCCGCACGGAGGACCUCCGGUGACGACGAUAGAAUUCGAGCCCGAGUUUGUGAAAAGCGUUCUGGGCAUGUCGAAGCUCAACACGUUCACGCUACCUGAAAUCGUCUACGGCGUAUCACUCGUCUUCAGCCCACAUGUCCUGCUUCUGACUAUAUUAUUUUACAUCCAUGCGUUUGAAGCGCCUCACUUGACCUCGAUGGAAGACCUCCGGCGACUGCUUAUUGAGGGCGGCCGACAGGAAAUGCCACUCCCCUUGAAAAAAGAUAUGGAUAAUUACUAUGUCUUCCCAAAAGUCGAAGUGAUCGAUGGUCAGCCCUGUAUUUUGUGGGAGACGCCCAUGAGUGGAAGCACACUCGACGCCCAGCUCAGGACAUCCAGUGAGAUACACGGCUUCCUUAAUCAUUUUUUCUCUCACCAAUUCCGGUACGGAGGAGGUGAUUUACUUGACAAGAGUGGUUUCGUCAGUGACGCACAACGCAAUGUGAUCAUGAACCACGCUACUAGCAGCACGUUUAUUAAGCAUUAUCGUCCCCGUCGACAUACUGGCUUACAAGAGAUCAUGUGCGGCCUCAAUCCUGAUGAAGAGUUCUCAAAGGCUGUGACCCGGAUGAGCCGUUGGAUUGAUCGGAGGCGACCACGAUACCUGAGUGACGCUGACCGGGCAUCAGUGGAGAAAGACCCAGAAUUGCAAUCGGCCAUGCGCUGGCAAUUCGAGUUAGAGACCCAGUGCGGUGACCGGCCUCAUGACCCAACAUUGCGGGCGAUGCUGGAGGACCAGAAGCGUCAAGUCCACAAUCUGCGCCGACGUCUGCAGGAUAAACGGCGGAAGGAAAUACGCCGUGAUUUCAGUCGAAAACAGGCGGUAAUUGACAUUGAAAGACAACUGACGGGUGGAGCUGUCAGUGAUGAGCCCGCGCGCGAGGUAUUACGCAAAGAGUUUGCGAUGCCAUCAGAACAGAUUCUUCUCGUGGAGACGUUCUUUACUUGGCCCACCACCGAUUCAUUGGAAGAUGAGUGGACACGGCGUAAUAAAGCCGUUGCAGCUGGAGUGCAAUAUUGCGGCUUCCAGGAGGGUGGGCCACUUAGGGGACGACCGAAGCGCUCUGCGCCGUCCGACAAUGAUGUAGUUCCCUCUCCGCCAGCUCGAAAGAUAAAGACUGAUACGCCGCCGACUACGUCGUGGGAGAAAGAACGUACCUCCGGCAAGAAACAUAUCCCGAAUGCAGAGCAAACAUUCGCAUGCUUCCAAUGCCCCAAAGCAUACUCUGACUAUAAUGGAGUGAAGAGGCAUUUCAGAACAUCGCAUUUGAUGGAUCGGAAAUGUAACUCUUGUGAUCUGUCCAUCCUGCACGAGAUGCACUUGCGGAGGCAUGCUGGGGAUGUCCAUGGCCUUCGAACAUGACCGUAGGGUACUACUUUUCCAAUCUUGGAAGCCCUUCCGUCAUUUACAUUUUUAUCUCUUUGAACACAACUAGUGGAGCUAUGGUUGGGUCGGUGACUGUUUCAUGGGAGCUUACCUUGUCGCGAUCAUUUAGAGCCCCGGCAACAGAAUGUAUUUGUUUCUCUUGUGGCCAUUAGUGACGAUUGAAUAACUUCCGGCCCAUGUCAAGGACAAAUUGAAGCGUGUCCUCUCGAUGGGGCGUUUGCCGUUUCCUAGCUAGAAAGCCCCGAGUUUCAAGAAAGUUGUUAUGUGAUUGCCAGAAUCUUCGAUCAAAUCCUUCUGGAGUUAUAUGUGUUUCAUAGAUAGAUCCGCGAUUUGUGAAUGUAUUAAUGCUGACUGUUG